UUUCCAGUCAAAUGGGCAUAUGCCUUCAUACACUUACCUUCCGAUGUGUAGGGUAUAUUUGGAUGAUGGGACUUGAGAUCCAAAUCCCUAGGAUUGAAUCCAAAUUUAAACAAAAUUCUGAUAAUCCCGUAGCAGCUGCUUUAGGAACUUACGAUUAGGACUUGAUGUAGUAUAGAACUAAGCCAAAAACUGCCGAGUUCGGUAAGUAGAUUCUGCAAUUCAUACCCAGUUAUACUGUGGGUGGUACUCCUGUAUGCAAGAUACCUCUCCUUUUUUUUUAUGAUAUCCUGCACAUGAGUGUAGUUUUUGGCACAGAACAUCUCAGUGCUGACUUAACGUUAGUUCUCCUAGUAAACUGCGACGCACGGCACGGCUAUACCAAACGGAUUUUCUAUGCGUAGCAUGUUUAAGUCUUCACAAUUCCGCACGUUUACGUACUAUCGGCCCAUGUUUACGUACUAUCGGCCUUCUGCAAUGGGUGGUCCCAUCUGAAAGGAGGCACAGAGAUCUGAGAGGAAUGAUCGUAGACUGAUGGUUACCCACAGCAAGCUGUUUUUUUCUCUCACAGGAGAAUGAUCAGCUUACCCACCAAUGAUUUUUUGUUUUGCCUUGUCCCCGCGAAAUUUACCCUGGUAAAUGGUAACUGUGAGUAGCUGCCUGGCUGAUCGCAGACUCUUGCUUAUAAGAGCGGCCGUCUGUAUGCUUUGCUUGUUCGAGAUUUUGCUUGUUCAAGUGCAACCAUCCAGCCACCUGAGUCCUGAUAAUUUAGACUCUAGCUCAGUUGACGAGCCCAGGCCCAGCAUGCCCAACCGCCCGCCGCCGCAGCGUGCCGCCGAAACGUCGGCCCUCAUCGGCGCGUGGGGCCCGCUCUACCUGGGCCGCCGCCUCCACCUGAAGGAGUGGGACGCCGUGGCCAGUGCCGUCAACGCCCACCGCGCCGCCGCGGGGCGCCGCUUCAACCGCACCCGCGCCCAGUGCCAGAGCCGCGUCCAGUACCUCAAGGCUCGGUACAGGAAGGUGCUGCUCUCCAAGCGGCCGCCGUCGGGGUGGCGCCACUUCCCGCACCUCCGCGCGUUCCUGGCGAGCCCGGCAGACGGCCCGCCUCCGGGCUUCCCGGCCAAAGCGCCGGCGUCCGUCAAGGUGGAGGAAGAGGAGGAGAGAGAGGAGGUGGUGUCCGGCAGUGGGUUGGCGGCGAGCUGGACGGUCCCGACGAGGCCGAGAAGUGGGGCCGCGGGGUCCUGCGCGGCGGCGGCGGUGAUCACGAAGCUGGCGGGGGUGUACGAGAGCUUGGAGCUGGCGAGGCUCGACUUGGAGGAGAAGAUGGAGACGGAGACAGAAAUCCUUCUUGGGCGUCGUGUGAAGGUGGAGAAGUAGAAACAAAAUUAUAGGAGUGCUGCCACUACCCACUGCGGGUGGUGAUGAACAUGAUAGGUUGAUGUGUUGUGUGUAACUGUGUACUGUUAAAAGCAGUGUUUUUAUUCGAAUUAGUUAAGAUUAAUGUCGCGUCAUGUAAACUCACACUUAGAUUUUA